UGGACUAUAUCAAGCAAUAUUGUAUCUUUUGAGGUCCAGAUAAUUAACACGUGCAUUCUGGGCUCUAUAUUUAGUGUUUUGCUAUCACAGAACUGCGCGCUUCCCUCUUAAUUGUUCGCACGCAGCAACUUGCGAGUGCGCACUGAACGCGGAUAGAUUUGACCGGCUAAUGAUUGAAGGUGUCAGACAGUUAGGCCGGUUUGAAUAGAACAACAGGUCGACUCGACAAUUGCAACUGCCUUGUCCGCAAGAUGAACGCGAACGAUUCGAGUUCCUCCACAGACAACUCAAAGACCUCAGAGAAGAUUAAGAGGCCACUAAACGCCUUCAUUCUAUGGUCUAAGAAGAGGAGAAGAGUCAUUGCCAACGAAAACCCGCAAAUGCACAACUUCGAUAUCAGCAGAAAGCUCGGCUUGGAAUGGCAGAAGUUGUCGGAGGAAGAGAAAGCGAAUUACUUUGAGGAGGCCAAGCGUUUGAAGGAAGAACACAAACAACUUUAUCCUGAUUACAAAUACCAACCGAGAAAACGUGAUAAAACAAACAAAAGGAACAAGCUUCUGCAUGGAACACCGUUCCAGUUUAGCUUCUACCCUCACGACACAGCGGGGUUUUUCGAUAGCAGAUACCACUUCCCCAUAAAUGACACGAGGCCUUCCUUCCCCACGGAAACAUUGCUACCUCACGCCGAACCCAGCGCAAGCAACGAAGAAAUCACACACAGCUCUCACGCUAAACCAACACACACGGAUCACAACCCUCAUAGUGUCAUUUACCAGAGCUUCCGCCCUCAAUCAUGCGAUGGAUUUGUGCCCUACAGGAGUUUGGAUGCCCCAUACAUGCCGUUGCGGCCCAAUUUCGAUUUCUCGCAUCUUAAUUGGUACGGUUCUUCUUCGGCGGCUGGCCGCAUUGCUCCAGUACCAUACUGUAGUAGGAUGUACCCGUGGCACGCGGCAAGACAAACCGAUUUUCACUCGUGACAAUGAACAGCGCACCCCGCCGCCUUGGGUUCUCGUAACUUAAGCGGGCUUGCCCCAGAAAGGGACAUAUCAAGGUAUAGUAGAGAAAUAGGGACACUAUAAUCCAAACUACAGGAGAUAAAUUGCGAGACAUUAUCAAAUUUAUUACUGAUCAAAACAUCGUUGAAAUUGUUAGUUUAAUUGGUGAAGACACUUCUAAAGUACUUCGUGAUUACUUAACUUUGACUUUGUGGGUAGCUUAAUGUCUUAAGUAGACGCAAGAACGAAUCCUUAAAGUAAUCGCUAAACGGAAGUCGAUUUUUCGGUUAUAAUUAUUUUUUAACGUUUUUGUAAAGUACAGGAACCAAAAUGCAACAAAGUACUAUACAUUUCGUGGAACGUAGUUAGUAAACACAUCGACUUGUACAGUUUUGGCCUCAGCAGUUUUUUGUUCAGCGUUUUAGAGACUUUGAAAUGGCAAAACGAAGAGAAAAGGAAAGCAGAAUAUACUAUGUCCCAAUUCGAAAACCAAAAAGCUGUUUUAUUAUGCUCAGUCAUUUAGUUAAUGACAAUUCAAUCUCAGUUAUUGAAGGAAUGAUGGAGUGCUACAAAAAUAACGGAAAUCAGAUUCUUUCCAAACCAACAACAAAGGCAGAAGAGACAUUCAAUUGGUACCGAACUUUACUCAGUGGCCAAACUUUGGGAUGAUCGGCUCAGAUAAGCAUCAGUAAAUUUAACAGUGUAAAUUUUGUGUGAAGAAAGCGGCAUUACAUUGAACCCAAGUGUUAAAACACGUGGCAACUAAGAAGUAAUACUUCAGUAUUUGGCCAGCAUGUAAAAGUUGCGCAAAUGUUCAACGUGCCGCGGGCAACCGCGGCAACACCCGCAAACAAAAGGGGAAAAAAAAAAUCACGUUUAACUAGUUUGAUUCAAAUUCAGAACGUUAAUAACUAUAUUGAUUUUUUUUUUGACUGAUGAAGAUAACUAGUUUCGACCAGUCGGCAGGCUCAGGGCCUUUUACUUUCAUUAAAUCGUUUUACAGCUACAGAGUCAACAAACUACAAACACAUUCUGACAUGCUAAAUAAAACACCAUAUCAGGUCGCGUUUCUGUUUAAAACAGUAGGUACUAUAAUAAGCCGCAUUGUUUUAACCUCUAUAGGGACAUAAAAGCCUGUUACCAAACUCACGCUGUUUCUGAAAAGAUGAACAGUAUUCUCAAAUGGAGGUCAAAAUAAACGGGAGAUCACGAGAACUUAAGAACUGUCGCGAAGAACUCCAAUGACACACUUGGCGUUUUAUUUGUACGUGAAGUUUGAAGUAAUGAAUCUUUUAGUGCACUUUACGUUGGCAUUUCUACAAGAAGUUGUUGUUGGCUUUGUGGAUUUAUGAAUCUUAUAAGACUGAUUUGUUUUUUUUUUCUCAGUUCGAAGUAUUAUUAUCGAAGCUAAGUUAAGAAAUAUUUUAGGCAUAAAAUAAAAGACACGCUUAUGUUCAUAGCUUGGAUCCUAACUCAUUGCCCUUCAGGAAGGGCAAUAAGCGAAUUUUACUUUAUCCAUUCAGAGGUACAUUUGGGCAGAAAAAAGCUUUUCGUGUCUCUCAGUUUCUGAGAUAAUUUAAGGAAAGCUUACAUGUGAGUUUAGCUCGAUAACUAGUAAGGUAACAACGUUGAAGUAGGAGCUAAACGAGGAAAAUUCUCUGUUUCUACUUUGCGUGGUUUUAAGUAACACCAUUAAAAAAUGAAUUGAAGACUUU